AAUUCAACCAUCAAGCACAUCAGGAAGGAUGGUCGGUGGCUUCGACAAACUGAAAGUGGAGUUCAUCGACCAAGAUGAGAGUGUGCAGGUCGUUGCAGACACCAUCAGAAGCUCCGGUGAGAUUCCUGAAAGGUAUGCCAGGCCUGAGAUGGAGGCCGAUCCUGUCAUCAUCGACACCGAUGGUUACAAUCUGCCGGUAAUAGAUAUGUCAAGGUUGAUCAAUCCUGAGUUCUCCGAGGAGGAGAUUGCCAAGCUCGGAUCAGCCUGUGAGGAUUGGGGAUUCUUCCAGCUUGUGAACCAUGGGGUGGAUGGGGAGUUGCUGCAACGGAUCAAGGAUGACAUCACAGAGUUCUUCAGACUUCCUCUGCAGGAGAAGAUGUCCGUGGCGAUCCCACCCAAUGGCUUGCAGGGGUUCGGUCACCACUUCGUCUUCUCCAAGGAGCAGAAGCUGGACUGGGUCGAUUUGCUCUUCCUCACCACACGCCCAGUGGAGGACAGGACCACAGAGUUCUGGCCUACAAAGCCUCCCACAUUCAGGGACUCACUUGACAAGUACUCGCUGGAGAUUGCAAAUGUGUCUGCUAAGCUGUUCAAGUUCAUGGCCAUCAACCUGGGCGUCGACGAGGAGGCACUCCUUGCAGCAUUCAAGCCAGAGCAACCUCAGAGUGUAAGGAUCAACCAUUACCCACCCUGCAGUCAGGCUAACAAGGUGCUGGGCCUCUCGCCGCACACGGAUGGCGUCGGCAUGACACUGCUCCUCCAAGUGAACGACGUGCAAGGGCUCCAGAUCAGGAAGGACGGCAGGUGGUUCGCCGUGAAGAACCUCCCUGGAGCCCUCGUCGUCAAUGUCGGCGACGUUCUUGAGAUCCUCACCAAUGGCAAGUACAAGAGUAUUGAGCACAGAGCAGUAAUAAACCCUGAUAAGGAAAGGAUCACACUUGCUGCAUUCCAGAGCGUUCCGCUUUCCAGCACAGUUGGCCCACUCCAGGAGCUUCUGAUGAAAGGUGAGGCACGCUACAAGACGGUUGAUGGUGCUGAGUUCACCAAAGGCUACUUUGCCGCGAAGCUGGAAGGCAGGAGAUACCUGGAGAGCUUGAAGCUGGGAGUGUGAAUGUGUCAGGAUGAGUAGUUUUUGCUUCUCUUUGAUUCUUUUGUUUCGGUGAAUGGAUAACGAUGCUACAUCUUCCUCAUCCUGGUACAAUUCAGCUGGUAUUUUCCUUGACCAUACACUCAACUGGAGUAUUAGUGCCCAUGAGCUAACGGCACAGAGAACAAUGGAACAUAUGGUAGAACUGGCUGGCAGGUAUGAUGUCCGAGAUUGCGUACAACACGCAGUUCCUUGGGAUCCAUUUCAUAUGCCAGUAAAGUAUUGUCCAAUCCAUAAUGAAAGAAGAUCAAAUUGCACUCUGGA